ACCGAUAAUAAUUACGAGGUUAAUGAUUUAAUGAAAUCUAAUUAACAGGUUAAGGGUUUGGUGAUAAGAUAAACAAUAUUCAGAUUAACCUGAUCCCAAUUACCUGGAUAAAUAGACAUUGAUAAUACACCUUAACGCCCUCGCGAUUGUCAAAUAUCAUCAAUAUUAUUAUUAUAUUUUUACCCUGAAACAGUUGAAUUCAGAUUCUGUGUUACCUUAUUAUUAUCAAAUCUCAAACUGAUUUCAUGUUGUUAUUAUUAUGGUUCAUGAGUUUUCAUUCUGAUCGCCAAGUUUUCAUGGUUAUCGGGCUUAUCCUAUUGAUAGUAAUCAUCCACCCCCUCUCAUUAUUGUCUUUAUAUUGAAUUAAAUUCAAUAACUAAUCAACCCAAACUUGUUGUUAAAUUAAAUUUGUUGUUAUAUUUCAUUCAUUCAUCACCAUCAUGAUGAUGAUAACUGAAUUCAGGCCAAGGAUUUAGGAUUUUAUUUCUCACUCUUAUGUAAUAUACUUAAUACAACGUCAAUCUUAGGAUUGAGUGAGAUUUUUACUUUAACUUGAUUGUUAGAUUUAAUUGUGGCGUGAACAAUUUAAUCAUCUCUCUUGUUGAUUAAUCGUUAAUCUCUCAUGUUAUAGUAACUUUCUUGGUUAGCAAUCAUUUCAUGAUCAAAGGUGAUUAAAUCUAACUAUUAUUAGCUAAUUGGAUAAUCAAGUUGUUCAACUUAAACAAUAUUAAUCAAUGACCACAAAUCUAUCAAAUCAAAUCAAGUUUAAUUGUUGUUAAACUCAUCGCCUUUGAAGGUUAAUCAAUUGCAUUAAUUAAUCAGAUUUACUGUUUUUGUUUUACCAUUUGAUUAUCUUUAUUUAUAAUCUUAAUCCUUAAUCAAUUUUUUUUUCUCAAGUUCAUUAACAUUAAUUGUUAAUAACUGUUAACCUUUCAAACACUUAAUUCACACUCAAGUUAAUUAAACUUUUUUACUCUUGUUGUAGUUUCAAUUGGCUUGUUAAUUACUAGUAAUUAAUUGUCUGGUUGUUAAUCAAAUAUACUUGAAAGUUAAUCACAUUGAUUGGAAAACUUUGAUCAAUUGUUGUGGUUAUUUUCCUAUUAACAAUUAAUUUAAUUGUUCACAAUUUAAUUGAUUGAUUUAUCGGCACAAUUAUAACAUACAACAAAUCAACGUGACAGUUAAAUCCGAAAACAUGAUUUAAUCAAUUAGAUAAUCAAUAAUAUUAAUUAUCAUUGAGAUGUAAGAAAUGAUUCAAUCAAAAGUUAAUUGUUGACAAUUUGGUUUCCUUUGUUUUAAAUCAACUGGAAAUCGUAUUACAUAUACAAAAUUGAGGAAAAUUUUGCUUAAUUGUACAACAAUUAACGUCAACAAUUAGUUAUUGAUAUUGAGAAUUAAAUUGUAUCCGGUUUAUCAUUAUCAUGUUUAUCUUUGUGUCCUUUUCAUGGGAAAUUGUAAUUACUUGUUUGGUGAACUUGUUUCAAAGUAGUUGUGAUAUUUUCAUGUCUUUUUUUACCUUUGCUAUUGAGUCUCUCUCACUGGUCAAGCCUAAUGUUGUCAAACAACAAUCAACUGGUCAACAGAUCGACCAGGAGGGUCAAUAGUAUCAUUUGGAAACGUGGUAAACUUUGUUUCACCAUAACGUUUUUCCAAACAAUUAUCGCCAUUUUGUUGACAUUGUUCAGUGUUUACGAAGAGUCCGCUGAGCCCUCAGAUCGUCGUUACUCGUCCGUCGAUGGGUUUUAUCAAAUGUCCAAUCCAAUUGAACGAUAUUUACCCAAUCUUCGUGAUCAUAUGAUUCUAUCAUUACUUGGAUUAGGUUUAUCAUCAACGAGCUCAUCUGCCACCCUGUUAGCAAGUUUAGGCUUCAAUUUACUUACAUUUACAUUUGCAUCAUCAUGGGCACUCUUGUGGCCUCAUUUGAUUACUUCCUCAUGGGAAUCGGUUAAAUCAGAGGGGCAAUCUAGAGGAAACUUAACUUUUUCCUCAUCACCUUCAUCAUCAUUAUCAGCAUCAUCAUCUUCUUCAUCUUUUUCUUCUUCGUCAUCACCAUUUUCGUCUUCCUCCUCAUCGAUUCCAGUAAAUUCAACAGUUUAUGUAAUUUCAUCGCCUUCUCAUGAUCUUCAAGUUAAAUCUAAUUUAUCCUGUGAUGAUUAUUUAUCUGAUUUAGAUCGAAAAAAAAUUAAACCAACCGUUAAAUUAUCAAUUCGACAAUCAUUCCAUAUAACCUUAGGAAUCAAUUCAAUUCUAAGGUCAGCUCAUUAUGGUUUAGGUGUCACCCUAUCACUUGGAAGCCUUCAGGGUAAAUUAAGUCCAAUACAAUGUAUAAUUUUGGCAGUUAUCGAGGUUCCAAUAAUGUCACUUACCGGAUAUGUUUUAUCCUCUUGGCAGGUAUCAGAUGAAUCAAAUGGAUUAACUAUUUAUACCUUUUCCAUUUACUUUGGAUUAAGUGUCUCAUGUAUAAUCUGUCGGAAUAUUCAAUCAACCCACCGUAAGAAUCAAAAUUACAACUCGGAUAGGGAGAUGUCGGUACUUUUAGGAACAAUUUUCAUCUAUUUAACUUUUCCCUCGAUGACAAGUUCCUAUUCAUUGGGUGACAAGAAACACCGUUUAGCGGUAAACACUUGGAUCUCGGUAACGGCCUCAUGUUUAUCGGCAUUUUCAAUAUCAUCACUUUUAGAUGAACAAGAUCGAUUCUCAGUUCGACAUAUAAGAAUAGGAUCUUCUUCUGGAGGUGUUUUAAUGUCCAUCAUUGGUCAAUACAUACUCUAUCCAUAUACAGCAUUCAUUUCAGGAAUGAUGAUCGGAGGUUUAUCAAUAAUAACUCACAUUUAUCUGAAUCCCUAUUUACUUAAUCGUUUCCGUAUUCAUGAUACACUUUCCAUGCAUGCAACUUAUGGUUUACCUGCGGUUAUUGCUGGUCUGGCUUCCAGUGGAUUUGCAUAUAUGGCUAAUGAGAAAUCAUAUGAUCUAAAUUUGUAUGAACUUUUUCCUGCUCGAGCUCCACCCGAGAAUUCAAAAGAUCUUGAAGAGAUUCAGGUAAAUUUACACCGAAUCCAAGCAGGUAUUGGUCGUUCUGCUCAUUCUCAAGCAUUCUACCAAUUAACUGGACUCAUUUUCAUCCUUCUAAUCUCAAUAAUAACUGGUCUCAUUGCUGGAAUCAUAUUAAUUCAACCUGUUUUCGAUCCACCCGAUAAAAUUGAUCUAUUUCAAGAUGGACUCUAUUGGGUGUUGUCCAGUGAACAUGAAGAUACCUUUCAAAGUGUCUACGAAAAUGAACCCAAUUCAGAGGAAAUGAACAACGAAAGGAAUAGAAGAUAAUAUUUUCCUUCUUCUUCUUCUUCUUCUAAUAACUUGAUAGAAAAUUCAAUUAGAACAAAAUUAGUUUGAUAAUCAAGACAAAUUAAUUAGCAUCUUCAACAGUUAAUUAAGAUAAUUGAUCAUUUAAUAUUAAUUUCCUUCACCCUUAUUAUGAUUGAUGAACAAUUUUUUUUUCCUUCAUCUCUAUUAACCAAUAUGAUCAUCUCCAUGUUAAUUGUGACCCAACAAAGGGUUUCCUCGUUUUUCCUUAUUGUUAAUUGCUACAGGAAAUUGUUACAAUUACAAUUAAUUAAGGAUAAAUUUGUAAACAAUCAGGCAACAAUUAUGAUUAUACCUUGAAAAGAAAGUGAUUUGUUUGAUAAUCAACGUACAUGUAUUACUAAUAUUAAUUGUUAAAGGAAAAUCUCAAUUAUGGAUUCAAUGAAUUCUUAUUAAUGUUCAAUACAUUAAACAAAAGAAGACAGUUAAUUGUAAAAACUGCAUGUUAAUUGUUUGCUAAUUGUUUAUCUCAAACUAAUACUACUACACACAUAAUAUUGUUUAUGUAAUAAUAAUUGUCAACCAGUUUUGCUUUUUUUUUGCUUUUGUCACAAUCAAUUUCAUGGUUUAAUUGCUAAUUAGUGUGAUAUAUAUAUAGACCAAGCAAUUUAAUUUUACUGAUCAAAUAACCGGAACAAUUUGUUGUUGUUGUUGUUAUUUUAUCUUAGUUGUGUUUGAAUCUUCAUGAGGGUUAAAAUUAAAUUAGUUAAUCUUUUACCUGAUUAACAUGAAAUUUUCACCGAUAUCCUUUUACCAUGAACGUAAAUCUUUCUGAUUCACCAACCGUAAUUCCCGUUAAUAGAACUGACAAUUUGUGCUCUUUCAUUCAUCUUAUUUCCGUUUCUUGAUAUCUCACCUUUCCAGGUAUCAACAUCAAGACACCAAAUUGUACAAUUGUCAACAAUUAACAUGUAAAUCGGUUGAUGAUUGUCUUAUGUUGACGAAAACUUUUCGCUUUCAAGAUUAGAACUUUUUUUCCCCUUCUAUUAUUAUUGUUGCACUUUGUUGUUGUUGUUGUUGGAUUUAACGAUUUAAUCCGGUAGAUUAAUUGAUUUUCUUUAUUUCUAUUAUUAAUC